GUGAGCACGGACAGCUUGCCAGAGGAUCUGGAGACGCCCAUCUCCAGUGCGCUCCCGCCCCAGCAGCUGGAGCGGUUCCUCCCUCUCAGCAGCUCCGGUUGUCCUCCUGGAUGUCGAUCCUCACCGCUGCUCCACCGCAACAGCAGAUGUCUGAUACCUAGCCAGCUGAGCAGAGGAUCUCCCUCGCUGCCUGGGAGCCUUAUAUCUGCAGCCAUGAAUGGUGGUUCCAGUGUUUGGGCCAUCACUCCAGAGGAGAGAGGGAAACAUGAUAAACAGUUUGACACCCUCGCCUCAGUCCUCGGCUACAUCUCAGGGGAACAAGCAAGGAAAUUCUUUCUCCAGUCUGGCCUGCCGGCUUCUGUCUUGGCGGAGAUCUGGAACCUAGCUGACAUGGACAGUGAUGGCAAGAUGGACAGAUUGGAGUUUUCCAUUGCUAUGAAGCUCAUUAAACUUACGCUCCAGGGCAGAAACUUGCCCUCAUCCUUGCCAAUUACCAUGAAGCAACCUCCGACGACUUCAAACAGUAGCUUCAACAUGUCUUCAUCGGCACGUUUUGGAAUGGGAUCCAUGCCAAACCUGUCAGUUGGUCUAUCCCCCAUGCCAAGUAUUUCCACCAUGCCCAUUCUAACACCCAUCCAAGCUAAUCCUCCUUUACCAUCUGUGCAACCUCUGGUGCCAGUGCCAAUGACCCUCCCAUUGAUCAGCUCAGUCGGGAACUUGGGGCUCCCCAAUGGCUCUGUCAGCCUUCUCACCCCCCAGCUUGUUCCCAGCAAUGCAGGGACUCCAAUGUCGGGCUUUUCCUCCCCCAUGGCUUUUUCGCCAUCCCCGGGCGUGUCAAAAGCAAACUCUCUUUUGGACCUUGGAUCAAGCAGUUCAAAUUCUUCCUCUACCACAUCAUUGGCCAGCAACUCUCCAAAGAUGGGUUCAGGUGACUGGGCCGUUCCACAGGCCUCAAGGCUCAAGUACCGUCAGCAGUUUAACACACUCGACAAACUCAUGAGUGGCUACUUGUCAGGACCUCAGGUUAGAAAUGCUCUGAUGGCCUCCAAUCUGACCCAAACUCAACUAGCUACCAUUUGGAGCCUUGCAGAUGUUGAUAAGGAUGGUCAGCUACGAGCUGAGGAGUUCAUUCUGGCUAUGCACCUGGUGGACAUGGCUAAAACUGGACAUCCAUUGCCUCUUACUCUGCCUCAGGACCUGAUACCCCCCUCCCUCAGAGGUGGAAUGAAGUGCGGUGAGCUUGUCAAUGGAACGGGACCCUACAUAAGUCCAAGUUUGAUAGACACAACGGAAAUCGAAUCCACUCAGAAGAACAAAAGCGGUGUGUCCUAUGAGGACAAGCUGAAGGAGAACUUUGCGCGUGGGAGUGCCGAGCUGGAGAAAAGGCGGCUGGCUCUGGAGGAGGAACAGAGGAAGGAGAGGGAGCGCAGGGAGAGGGAGGAGCGGGAGGCUCAAGAGCGGAGGGAGAAGGAGGCCAGGGAACUGGAGAACAGGCGGAGGCUGGAGGAGGAGAGGCGGCUGGAGCGCCAGAGAGAGAUGGAGAGACAAAGGGAGGAGGAGAGGCUGAGGGAGCUGGAGAGGAAGGAGGCGGCGAAGCAGGAGAUGGAGCGCCAGAGAAGGGAAGAAUGGGAGCGAGCAAAGAAAGAGGAGCUGAGAAGGAGAAAAGAGGAGGAGCAAGAGGAGAUCUCUCGACUCAGAGCAAAAAAGAAGAGCCUUGAGUUAGAGCUGGAGGCUGUGGGAAACAGGCACAAGCAGAUCUCAGACCGCCUCCGUGAUGCUCAGAGCAAGAGGCGGAUUCAGAAGGCCGAGGUCGAGCUCAUCAAUCAGAAGAGAGACACUCGUAUCGCUGAGAUCAACACUCUUCAGCUUGAGUUUGAGGACUGGCAGAGGAAGCUGUUAAAGCUCAUCCCAGAGCAACAGCAAAUGUCUGAGAAGCUGCAAAGCAUCAGCCUCAAGAAACCUCCCUUGGCUACUUUGACGUCCCUCACAGGGAGCGCUGCCGAGAGAAGCGGGAACUGUCGCCGGCUCAAAGAUCAGUUGGACAUUCUGGAAAGGGAAACAACGGACAAACUGGCCCAGAUGGAGCAAUACAACAAAGAGCUGAAGCUGGGGGAUAUGGAUGACUGCCUUCUGCGAGGCCUUCUCUCCCUGCUGGCCUGCCUCAGCCAGCUCUUCCUCCUCAUCAAGGAGCUGCGGGAGAAGCAGAGGUUGCAACAGGCCAUCCUGGAUGACCUGCAAAGAGUCAAAGAGGAGAAACUGAAGCUGCUGCAGAGGCGCAAGGAAGAGGAGGAGAGAGAAAGGAGGAGAAGAGAGGAAGCAGAAGCAGCAAGACUGGCAAAGCUGGAGGAGGAGAAGAGAGAGCUGGCGCGGAUAGAGAAAGAGAAAAGGGAGAAGGAGGAAGAGGAAGAACGACAAAGAAUGCUUCAGGAGGAGCAGAGGGCCAGACAGAGAGAAGAGGAGGAAAGAGAGGCGCAGGCUCGCCUCAGAUCAGCUCAGGAGAAAGCACAGGAGGAGGAGAGGAGACAGAGGGAGGAGGAGAGGAAACAGAGGGAGGAGGAGAGGAGACAGAGGGAGGAGGAGAGGAAGAAGAGGGAGUUGGAAGAAGAGAUGAAACGAAAACAAAUGGAAGAGGAAAAGAGGAGAAAAGAAGAGCAGGAGAAAGGAGCAGUGCAGCUAACCACAUACAGAGCCCUGUACUCCUUUGUCGCCCGCAACGCAGAUGAGCUGAGUAUCGAUGCAGACUGUGUCAUAGAGGUGGAUGAGCACAAUGUUGGUGAGCCCGGUUGGUUGUGUGGGAAUUAUCGAGGCAAAAGGGGCUGGUUCCCCCAGAGUUAUGCGCAGAAAUGUCCCACAUCUUCUGCCUCUGAGACAUCCCCUUCCUCAUCAGUAAAGACGUCUGGUCUUCCACCUGUUCACGCAAGAAACACAGUCCCAGAUGCAGCAGAGGAGAGCAUCAUUCCUCACUUCUCACAUGCUUCACAGUCCUCAGUUCCUCUCACUGUUCGAGCCGUCUCUUCAUGGUCCCCCACUUCAGAAAAUCAUCUUAAUCCUUCCUGGGACAUAAGUGGUGCCAUGCUGAACUUCUCUCAGGGAGACUUCAUCAGUGUCCUACAGCAAAGGGACGAGUGGUGGUUGGGACAGCUCAACGGGACGCGAGGAUGGUUCCCCAAAAGCUACGUCACUCCAGAGCCAGGCGGCAACGCAGAAGCAGAAACAACAGACUUAAGUGAUUCUGCUCAGCUAGAGGAGUAUGUGGCUCUGUACACGUAUGAGAGCCCAGAGACAGGAGACUUGACAUUUGAUGAAGGGGACGUCAUCAUGGUGACUGAAAGAGAAGGAGAGUGGUGGAGAGGAUGCAUCGGUGACCAGACGGGACUGUUUCCCUCCAACUACGUACGGCCUGUUGAGCCAGAGGCAUCAAGACCAGGAAUUUCAAGCAAGAAACCUGAGAUUGUCCAGGCUGUCACUGCCAUGGAGGCCCCCAUCCCUUAUCAGCUGACUCUGUCUCCAGGACAACUGAUAGUGGUCAGAGCCAAAAACUCCACUGGGUGGUGGCUCGGGGAACUGCAGGCUCGAGGCAAAAAGAGACAGAAAGGAUGGUUUCAUUCCUCCCAUGUUAAGCUCCUGGGACCAUCCAGUACCAAGACCUCCCUCUCCCCCCUGCCAGUGUGCCAAGUUAUCGCAAUGUACGACUACGCUGCUGCUAAUCAGGACGAGCUGAGCUUCUCCAAGGGGCAGCUCAUCAACAUCCUGGACAAGACCAACCCCGACUGGUGGAAAGGCGAAGUCAAUGGGGUCACAGGCUUGCUGCCCACCAAUUAUGUUAAAAUGACAACAGAGUCAGACCCCAGCCAACAAUGUACAUUAAAUUCCUCAUCCAUAUCAGAGCCUGGAGAUGUGUCUGGGUGUGCAGACCUGUACACGCUGGAUACAAUGAGUCCUCAGGAGAGGAAAAGACAGGGUUAUAUACAUGAGCUCAUUCACACCGAAGAGACCUAUGUGGAGGAUUUGGAGCUGGUUCUAGAGGUGUUUUACAAACCGAUGUCUGAGUCAGGUCGCCUGACAGAAGCUGAGAUGGCAGCGAUCUUUGUUAACUGGAGGGAGUUGAUCAUGUGCAACACCAGAUUGCUUAGUGCUCUUCGUGAGCGCAAACGAACAGGAGGAGAGAACAUGCCGGUUCAGCUGAUAGGAGACCUGCUAUCCUCAGAGCUCGCUCACAUGCAGCCAUAUAUUCGCUUCUGCUCCUGUCAGCUCAAUGCUGCAGCCCUCCUGCAGACAAAAACCCACAAUCAGCCUGAAUUUAAAGAUUUUCUCAAGAAGGUUGCCACAAACUACCGCUGCAAAGGAAUGCCACUGUCCAGCUUUCUCCUAAAGCCGAUGCAGAGGCUCACUCGCUACCCUCUGCUCAUAAAGAAUAUCCUCGAGCACACCCCAGAUGAUCAUGACGACCAUCGGCCCCUGCAGGAAGCUCUGGAGCGGGCCGAGGAGCUGUGCUCUCAGGUCAACGAGGCAGUCAGAGAGAAGGAAAACGCAGAACGUCUGGAAUGGAUACAGAACCACAUUCAGUGCGAGGGGCCUAUCGAGCACCUGGUCUUCAGCUCUUUGACUAACUGCCUUGGGCCCCGCAAGCUGCUCCACAGUGGCCGGCUGUUCAAAACCAAAAGCAGCAGAGAACUCUGGGCUUUCCUCUUCAAUGAUUUCCUCCUCCUCACACACAGUGGCAAGCCUUUCUCCUCCUCGGGUUCAGAAAAACUGUUCAGCCCCAAAACCAAUAUACAGCUGAAGAUCUACAAGACGCCACUGUUCCUCAACGAGGUUUUGGUGAAAAUGCCAGCAGAUCCGUCCAGUGAAGAGCCACUCUUUCAUGUCUCACACAUCGACCGUGUCUACACCCUGAAAACAGAGAGUUUAAGUGAGAGGACAGCAUGGGUCCAAAAAAUCAAGGCAGCCUCUGAGCAUUUCAUAGAGACUGAGAAGAAAAAGAGAGAGAAGGCAUAUCAAGCUCGCUCCCUAAAGACCAGUGGAAUUGGUCGCCUGCUGGUUACAGUCAUCGAAGCUCAGGAGCUAAGAGCCUGCAAGCCCAAUGGUAAGAGCAAUCCAUACUGCGAGCUGACCAUGGGGGCUCAGUGCUACACGUCACGGCCGGUCCUGGACACUCUGAACCCAAAGUGGAACUUCAACUGUCAGUUUUUCAUCAAAGACAUUUACCAGGACGUCCUGAGUAUCACUGUGUUUGAGAAGGACCAGUUCUCACCAGACGACUUUCUGGGUCGUACUGAAGUUCCCGUGGCAACUAUAAAGAAAGACAUGGAGAUUAAAGGAGCAGCAACACGUCGCCUGCUCCUGCAUGAAGUACCCACUGGAGAAGUGUCGGUCAAACUGGACCUCCAGCUGUAUGAGGCCACCAAAUGAGCCACUUAGUUUAUUGAUUUAGAAGAAUUAUGUCUUGAAAGUGCCUGUCUGGAUGAUUUGAUGGAUGUUAUGCAGCUAAAUAGUCCAGGUUUUGCUGUUCCUACCUUUUUUUAUCAAAGUAAAUCUGAAUUGUUAGGUUCUUAUUCAGAGCCAAACUGAAAUCUUUAAUGAUUUUAAACAAAACAAUAAUGUUUUGCUAAUUUUACCGGUUUGUUUACUUUUCAUCAAUUAUGGAAGCUUAAUAUUCUGUAACAUGUCAAUAUGCAGUAAUGAACUGUACCUGUUUUCAAACCACCUCUACUUGUCAUUCUGAAUAAAACAGGAUUUUAUCAUGUACCAAUAAAAAUGGAAAGUGGAAUAAAUAUGAUACAUGCACAAUAUA